AUGGAAGAGGGCGUCAGCGUGAUCCAGGGCGACAGAAACAACCCAGUGUUCGACGUGGCCAAGGAGCUCGGGCUGCUAGGCCAACCUGUAGCAGAACCUGACUGGGGUUGUGGCGCAGCCUUUGAAACACCUGUUUACCUCUUCGCCUUUUCUUGCUUCUGCGGCCGUUUUCAUACGAGCGGCCGAGCCUUUCCCUCGCUAAGCUUCUUCCUCAAUGCAGAGAGCGACGUCGUGACGAGCGACGGGGACAAGAUACCCUUGACGAACGUCCUCAAGGGCGCCAGCAUCCUGCAGCAGCUCCGGCAGGACGAAAGGGAUAGGCGCCGCUUUCCCGUGUACAGAGACCGGCCGCUCGGGGACUUCUAUCUGGAUAGGUUUGAAGAGCUGUGGGGACCCUCUGAUAACGAUAAGGACAAACAGGCGUGGAUGUAUUAUACUCACCAGGUGGUGUCCCAGAGGCACGGCGGUCACUGGAUGAACAUGUCCUCGCUCGACGCCACGAACUUCGCGCCCCUCGGCUACGACUACACGUGGCGCGGCGGGAUGGACGGCUUCGUCAGGUACCUCAUGGUAAGUGGCGGCUCCGGGGGGGCUUGGCGGACGGCCCUCUUUCUCACAGCAUCCGUGCACACUUAGGCCUAUGCCUUGUGCUUGUAUAUAGCCUGAACACCGACUCACACUGACUCCCUCUCUCGUUCUCACUCUCACUCAUUCUCAUUCUCACACUCACGUUCACUCGCUC